UGUCACAUUUUCGUUAUCCGUCUACAAGCCAAUCGAUAUCCAAGUGUAAUAUUUUAAAGUUCCAUAAUGAGCGCAAAGAACCGCCAGGAGAGUGAUACCUUGGGCCAAAUGGAUGUGCCCAUGGAUCGCUACUAUGGAGCUCAGACGAUGCGGUGUCUUCUUAAUUUUCGUAUCGGUGGGGAGGAGGAACGUAUGCCGCGAAAGAUCAUCCAGGCUAUGGGAAUUCUUAAAAAGGCUGCUGCAGAAACAAACCAGGAGUUCGGUCUCGAUCCAAAACUCAGUACGGCAAUAUCUAGUGCCGCCGAUGAUGUAAUAUCAGGAAAGCUCUAUGACGAGGGCCACUUCCCCCUGCCCAUUUGGCAGACUGGCUCCGGGACCCAGAGUAACAUGAACUCCAACGAAGUUAUUAGCAAUAGGGCCAUUGAGAUUCUGGGUGGUAAGAUCGGGUCCAAGGACCCAGUGCACCCCAAUGAUCAUGUAAAUAAGUCGCAGAGCUCGAACGAUACUUUUCCAUCGGCCAUUCACAUUGCCGUGGCCACUGCCCUGAUGAAGGAUCUAAAGCCGGCGGUAAAGAGCCUUAAGGACACCCUUAACUCGAAGGCUAACGAGUGGAAAGACCUCAUAAAGAUCGGACGCACCCACACUCAGGAUGCAGUGCCGUUGACUCUAGGCCAGGAGUUCAGUGGCUAUGUCCAGCAGCUCACGAAUGGUCUGGAGCGGAUCGAGGCAGUAAUGCCGAGGGUCUACCAGCUAGCCUUGGGUGGCACAGCAGUGGGAACCGGAUUAAACACGCGUCGCGGCUUCGCCGAAAAGUGCGUCUACAGAAUCUCUCAGCUCACCUCGCUGCCCUUUGUGGUGGCACCGAAUUUCUUUGAGGCUCUGGGCAGCCGCGAUGCCAUGGUGGAGGUUCACGGUGCUCUCAACACCUUGGCAGUCAGCCUGAUGAAGAUUGCCAACGACAUUCGGUUCCUGGGCUCUGGACCGAGAUGCGGCCUAGGUGAGCUUCAGCUGCCAGAGAACGAGCCGGGCAGCUCGAUAAUGCCAGGAAAGGUGAAUCCCACUCAGUGCGAGGCCUUGACCAUGAUUUGUGCCCAAGUGAUUGGCAACAAUGUGGCCGUCACUGUGGGCGGGUCAAACGGACACUUUCAGCUUAACGUCUUCAAGCCGCUGAUUGCCUCCAAUGUGUUGCGUUCCAUAAAGCUACUAACUGAUGGCUGUAAUAGUUUCAAUACCAAUUGUGCCAAGGGCAUUAAGGCCAACAAGGAAAAACUGGCCCAGAUUGUUAACCAGUCACUGAUGCUGGUAACCGCUCUCAAUCCACAUAUUGGCUACGACAAGUCGGCUCAGAUCGCCAAGGCGGCCCACAAGAAUGGCACCACCCUCAAGGAGGAGGCCCUGAAGGCCGGAAUCUCUGAGAAGGAUUUCAACGAGUGGGUGCGCCCCGAAAAAAUGUUGGGCCCCUCCUAA